AUGGUUCACUCCAAGGUCGUCAUUAUCGGAUCGGGCCCCGCCGCCCACACUGCCGCCAUCUACUUGUCGCGUGCUGAACUUGAGCCCGUCCUGUAUGAGGGUAUGCUCGCCAAUGGCACCGCUGCCGGUGGCCAGCUCACCACCACCACCGACGUCGAGAACUUCCCCGGUUUCCCCGACGGUGUCGGCGGCCAGGAGCUGAUGGAGAAGAUGCGCAAGCAAUCCGAGCGCUUCGGCACCGAGAUCAUCACCGAGACCAUCUCCAAGCUGGACCUCUCCCAGCGCCCCUUCAAGAUGUGGACUGAGUGGAACGACGCCCCCGGCAGCGAGCCCGUCCGCACCGCCGACGCCGUCAUCAUCGCUACCGGUGCCAACGCCCGUCGUCUGAACCUGCCCGGCGAGGAGACCUACUGGCAGAACGGUAUCAGUGCCUGCGCCGUCUGUGACGGUGCUGUGCCCAUCUUCCGCAACAAGCCCCUGUACGUCAUUGGUGGUGGUGACUCUGCCGCCGAGGAGGCCAUGUUCCUGGCCAAGUACGGCAGCACCGUCACCGUUCUUGUCCGCCGUGACAAGCUCCGUGCCUCCAAGGUCAUGGCCGACCGUCUCCUCGCUCACCCCAAGUGUGUUGUCCGCUUCAACACCGUCGCUACCGAGGUCAUUGGUGAGAACAAGCCCAACGGCCUGAUGACCCACCUCCGUGUCAAGGACACUACCAGCGGCCAGGAGGAGAUCGUCGAUGCUAACGGUCUGUUCUACGCCGUCGGCCACGACCCCGCGAACGCUCUCAUCAAGGAGCAGCUCAAGCUCGACGAGGAUGGAUACAUCGUUACCCAGCCCGGUACCAGCUACACCUCCAUCGAGGGUGUCUUCGCUUGCGGUGAUGUCCAGGACAAGCGUUACCGCCAGGCCAUCACCAGUGCCGGCACUGGCUGCGUUGCCGCUCUGGAUGCCGAGAAGUUCAUCGCUGAGGGUGGCGAGUCCCACGCUUCUCUCUAA